AUGGUAUCUGCAAAGAAGGGAUUGCUCUUGCGUUGCGAUGUUCCAACCAAGGUGUAUAUCGUGCAUAUGAACAGCCAGUACCGCGCGGAGGGGAAGAAAGAAUUUAUCAUCGCGGACUUGGACGAAACAACGCUCCUCAUAAACCCUGCCUACGAGCUGGAGAUCCGUGCGGCGCUCAAGAAGUACAGCGACGAACUGACCUUUGAGCCUGAGAAGCUGCAGCCAGGGCAGCAAUAGGCGCAGGAGCAGCGGCAGCGGGCAGCGAGGGGAGGAGGGGCCACAACGUGAUGGCGGGUGACGGGCCUGCGCCGGCCAGCGUGCCGGCGUGCCUGCGCACCUUCCUGGAGCUGCAGAGCGCGCGUGCAAAGCUGUACGCGCGGUUUGAUCUGGGACACAAGGCCUUCAUGCGGAACAAGGCGGAGAGCACGUUCCGCUGCCUCAUGUCCGACCUGACGGCCGCCUUCAGUGACUGCUCCCGCCAGGUCAUAGCCCUCGAGGCGGCACUCAAGGACAUGGGGCGGCCGGACCUGGCAGCCAUACUGCGGUCCGUGCAGGAGUGCGAGCGCGACAAGCUGCGUCUGACGCUGGCGCUGCAGGCUCUGCGGCAGGCGGCCGCCUUCCGCACCUUCAGCUGGCUGCAGCAGGGCCAGGGCGGCGAGGCGGCGGCGGCCGAGGAGGAGGCGCUCGCGCUGUUGGACCCCCACUACCGCCCCGGCCACCAGUGCCACCACGGCCACGGCCACGGGCACGGUCAUGCAAACCAGCAGCAGCAGCAGCAGCAGCAGCAGGAGGAGGGGAGCAUUGGGCAGGCGGAGACGGCUAGCAACGGACAGGCAGGCGAGGAGGCACAGGCAGAUGGGUCAGCCGGCGGCAUAGCGCAGGCGGCUGGCGGACACGGGCUGGGGGCGCAACAUGACGAUGCGGCGGCCUGCAGGGUCGCAGCGGAGCAGGCGGGGUCAGGGCAGGCCGGUGUCAACGGCACUGCCGACGCCGGGCAAGCAGCAGCGCCGCCGGCGCACACGCACACACACGAGGCGGGGGCGUGUGGCGCCUGCGGCAGUGCGGGGGAUGCGGGGCCGCCGGAGCCCACACGGCGGGAGUAUGAAGCGGCCGUGAAGGAGGCGAUGCAGGAGCUGGAUGCCUGCAUUCGCAAGAUCAAUGACGCCCUAGGCGAUGUGCGAAUGGAGCUGGAGGACGAGGCGUAGAAGGGGGAGCGAGGUGGUGGUUGGUGCGGAUGCUCUUGCGGAGCCGCGUGGCUAAUCAGGAGGAACAGCAGGAGUGACGAGCUCGCGGUGGCAGCCUGUCGGGAGUGAAAUGCAGGGUUGCGGUGGCAGCUUUUGGCUUCGCGGCAUAUGGCCUGGGUUGGUGCCUAACCCGGACGCGUGGUGGCGUGCGAUGGGUACAUGCGGGUGGAUGGGACGUGGCUCAGGCGUAGGUCAGGCACGUGUACGGUGUGCAUGCAAAAGGCACAAAGGCUAUCGAUCGAGAGCCGAGAGGGUUUGUCCUGCAGGCGCCAGGUAUGGCUGGUAGCCGAAGUGCUGAGACGCACCCCUGGUGCGCACCCCUACGCUUUCCUGCCCCUUGCCAUAUUCCAUCACGAGCACCCCUGGUGCGCACCGAACUGGCCAGAACUGGCGUGGCGUUGCGCCCCCGUCAUGCGUCACCAGGGGUGCGUCACGUACCCAGCCUGAGCCACAGGCCAAAUUCUGUUGCAACGUCUCUAAGAC